CUCUGUACAUGGCAAACAACAACACAAACAACCUCGCCCUGUGUUCCAUUCUGGAUAAAGAUAAAUUGAACGGAACAAACUUUGUUGACUGGCAACGCAAUCUCUGCAUUGUUCUCCGCAUGGAUGAGAAAGAGUAUGUGCUCGAAAAGCCCAUUCCUCCUGCCCCUCCUGCUAACGCCCCGAAAGCGGUCAAAGAUGCCUACGAGAAACACGUUAAGGAUGACAACCAGGUUAACUGUGUCAUGCUGGCUACCAUGAUAACCGAGCUGCAAAAACAGCACGAGGACAUGAAGGCCCACGAGAUGAUCGUGGCCUUGCGGCAGCUAUACCAAGGGCAAUCCAGGCAUGAACGUUUUCUCGUGAGUAAGGCUCUCUUUAGUUCCAAGCUCUCUUCAGGGAACCCGGUCGGUCCGCACGUUCUCAAAAUGAUUGGUUACAUAACCAAUCUGGAGAAACUCAGGUUCUCCUUGCAGAAGGAGCUGGCAACGGACCUGAUCCUACAGUCGCUCCCUGAGCUGUAUAAGGGUUUUGUCAUGAACUACAUGAUGCAUGAUCUUGACAAACCCCUUCCGGAGCUUCUUAAAAUGCUCCACACUACAGAGGAGAACCUUACUAAGGGCAAGGGUGCUUCCGUCCUUAUGGUCCAAGGCGGAAAGGGGAAGUCGAAGAAGGGGAUUAAGAUUAAGGCUAGGACGGCCAGAAAGCCUAAAUCGAAGUCCACUUCAUCUGCAACCCAGAAACCCAUAGGAGGAGUUUCAAAGGGCAAAUGUCAUCACUGUGGUAAGGCAGGCCACUGGAGAAGAAACUGCAAGACAUACCUUGCAACCAAGAAGAAGGAAGGUACGACCAUUUCUUCUGAGGUGUAUGUUAUAGAAGUUAAACAUAUUUUGUGAGUGCUUUUGAGCUUGUGAAUAUAGGUAUAUAAAGUCAUAUCCUUACAUUGGUUUCUACCUUUAUUCUACGCUAGUUUUAGUGUUUCGACUUCAUUCUUGAGUACCGAAUCUUAAUGGAUUCUUGUUUUCCUGAAACACUUAAACAAACGUUAAGCUCUUAU